AAGAGAGACACAACCUUCAUGGCUGGUGGGAACACUAAAAAUAAAGUUAAAAUAAAACAAUAUAAUAACAUUGUAAAAGGUUGAAAAGUUAAAGGAAGUGGUUAAAUUUCCUGUAGUGAUGCCAACUAAUUGGGAGAGACUGAAUAGACUCUUCAGAAUAGUAUACUGUUCAUAAUGCAUUCACAAGGUUAAUGAUAAAUAACAUUCAUUCUAACGUUAACUGUAGUUAUUGAGAACACUGGGGAUGGUUACUCAAGAAUAUUUAACACGUCCCAUCUCCCAGAGUGGUCAUGACUAGCGGCGACGGCAUUUGUAGCUGACAAUACAAAACAAUUGGUUUGAUCGGUUUACAUCGAUCAACUCCAUCUUGCCUGAUUAGAUUGUAACUUUUAAUAUUAUUUUCCAUUAAAAGCAGUGUUAAUGAGAAUUAUUAUAGCUUGGAAGGAAGUACUGUUUAUGUACUCUGGAUAUACUCACCCUAUGUCGUCCUGUGUAAAGUUGUAAACAAACAAGUUAUGUACAGCGCCUUGUGCGUCCAUCAUCUUGUUAAUCUCUCUUUGGUUAAAGGAAUUUAUGCUUGAUUUAAAUCAUGAUCUCUGCUGAUAUAACUGAAGAUUGCAUCCUUCCAGUCGUUCACAUCAGAAUAGUGCACGAUGGUGACUGCCUGAAGCACUCUUGUGACUUCUGUCGGAAGAGUUUUCAGUCUGCUGAUGAUCUUGCUCAACAUGUGAAUUUCAGCCAUUCUUCAUUAAAUAUUCAGGAGGUUUACGUCUGUCCAACUUGUAAGUGUUGUCUUCUCAGCCACAGUGAUCUACUAGACCAUCUCUCCAUACAGCAUCAUUAUGUACAGGUAAACAGAGAAGAGGCUACAUUAUGUGAAUAUUGUGGUUUAAAUCUAACAAGUAAAGAAUAUUUGGUGAAUCACAUACAGCUCAAACAUUAUUCUGGUUUUGCUGCAUCACUUACAUGUGAUCUUGGCAUUGUUGAACUUAACCUUAAAGAUAUAUCCAGUAUGGGGAUGGGAGAUCCUGACUGUAAGACUCUUUUUCAAGUAAUUGAAGUUUCACUAACAAAAGAUUUAGUCAAUUCACCAGCUUCAAGGACAAAAGUUAUUAAAGAAAAUGUUAUUAAAAUUGACAGUUUAAAGAAGGAUAAAGAAGGAAUAACAAACGUGUUAUAUAAAGAUACUAUACAGACACCGAAUACAAAUAUUAGUGUUAUAUCUAACUGUGAAAAUCAAUCUCCAUGUCCAUUGACUGAAAAAGAUCCUGGUAUUGGAAUUAUCUGUGGUAACUCUUUAAAUAAGACAGUUAGUGAAAAAAGUAUGGAAGAUGGAUAUGAAUCUCAGCUAGAGAUGAUCAUUUGUUGUGACACAGAUGAAAAGUCAAUUGUUGCUUCCUCACCUGGAGAAAUUAUAGUGACAGUAGAAAGUGAGGAAGAGUUAGUAUGGAGCAAAGAAGUUAUGUCACAAGUUAUCUGUUCAAGUGGAAUUCUGAAAAGGACACCCGGAAUUUCUGAUUUAGAAAAAGAAGAUCCAGCCCCUCAAAGUGUUACAGUGCAGUGUGUGAAUAAUUACUGUGGUAGAAACUAUUCACAUCAAAGUGACUUUGUAAAUCAAGGACAGGAGCAAGCAUUUCCCAGAAAACUAAAUAAUGAAAGUGUAAAAUGCAAAGAUGACACUUUGGAUAUUACUGAUAAUAAAUUAAACUUUAACAAAUCAGCAAUAAUGAAAACCAUUCAUUCUGAUUCUCCGCCAAAAUUAGCAUCUUCAUCAACAGGGAGAAGUGCUCUUGCCAAAAGUCUACAGGAGACAUUGAGUGUCCAGAGUCAGUUGCAGCGCAUGAAGAUGUGCAGAAUCUGUGGUAUGGUCUUCAGAAACCUUGGUUACCAAGAACAGCAUGAGAACACAUUUCAUGGUAUAAGGAUCAAAUGUGAGCUUUGUGAUGAUAGUUUUGUUUACUCUAAAUCACUACGCAACCACCGUCUAAGGAAACAUUCUAGUACUUCUGCUGGUUUCCAGUGCGAGGAUUGUGAUAAAAUUUUCAAAUGCAGAAGUAAUUUAUGGUCUCACCGUCUAACCCACCUGAGCCAAGAGAUGCGUAGAUUCCAGUGCCCUCAGUGUCCUCAACGAUUUGCGAUUAAAUCAAAGUUAAAUAAACACCUACAGAGUCACACAGGUGAAAAGAAGUUUCAGUGUGGAGAAUGUGGUAAGAGAUUUGUUUACCAAGGGUUGCUAGUGCGUCAUAUGAAGAAACACAUUUCUGAGACUCGCAAUGUAUUCCUGGGAAAGGAAAAAGGUGUUUACGUAGUAGAAGUCGGCCAGGAAAACACCCAUCAUACUCAAGAUGGACCAGCUAGUUAGCACAACAACUGUAGUUGUGUUCCAUAAUUGUUAAUAUUAAUUGCAAUUGCAGAAUGUAAAGAGGAAAUUAAAUAAUGAAGAGC